AUGAAGCUUUGCAACCAUCAUCCGUGGCUCGGGAUAUGCGAGCAGGGCUAUGAGACGUCUCUGAUCGAAACAGGUAGAUUGGAGAUGUUGAGUUCUCGAUUUGAACAACCUGAUGAUGCCUCUCCCAGCCUCAUCGUAUUUGUAGGUCAACAUUCAAAAUCUGUCGCACUCGAGAAGCUCUUCGACAUUCAUCGAACCCGCCUGUUCAAGGGCAAACCUUAUACUGGAGAUGUUGACCUUCAUGUGGUGCCUGAAUCGCCCAAUUCAAGAAGGCCUGUCUUCAUCGCCACUGGUGCAGUCGGUAGCAAGCGGAUUCGUCGCACACCGAACCGCCACCGUUGCCAGGAUGGAAGCAGAUGGCCUCUGCGUACCGUGCCAGGUGGAUCAGAGCCUCAUCAUAUGCAACGCACCGAACAAGCAAUCUACAGCCGACUUCUUCUACCCUUCACUGAUGUUUUCUGUUUCUUUGCCUCCGACCUAGGAGGAUUUCGAGGAGUUGCUUCUCAGUUGGCGGGUUGGCUGCGUGACGUGACCGUCCCUAUCUCCACACCUUUCAUCCGACCUUCCGUGGUCAUCGUGACUGACAAAAUCCCGCUGACCCAAAUGGCAGAAACCGAAGCCCAAAAAGCCCUGCUCUUUUUGUUGAAUGAGGAGACCAGCCAAGAUCCCUCUCUUUUAUUCUCAUGCAUCGAGGUUGUUGCCGUUCCCCACAUUCAGAAAUUUCGUUCCCCAGGAUCCUUGGAACGCCUGAAGCAUCGACUUCUCUUGCGUAUCCGAAAAGCCGAGCAAUUCAGACGUGAGACCCGUACUUUGUAUUCUUUGACCCACUUUGCGGCCUUUUUCAAAUCGGCCUGUGAGCACUUCUCCACCUCGGGCUCGGAGCCGUUUGAUUUUAUCAAAGCCUCUCGGUCUCAUAACCCAUUGGCGGAAGACCAUGCGCUGCACCUGGCGAGCCUCUUGAGGACUUGCAAUACCGCCCAAGAUUUGACCGACUUUGUGGUGCCUGUCAUCGCCUCGAGUCUGAUGAUGGAUAGCUACCCCCCGGACUGCCAUGUGUUUGACUCUGUCCAAGUCUUUCAGUCGAUUUACCGGGACGCUCUCCGUGAAGCACUUGGUGACCGGGUGGUAUCCUUCGAGGGCUCGUCGGAUAUUAUCCUGCGUUCGGCCGUCCUCAAGCUCGUCCAGGGUAAGUUGUCGCAAUACUGUGAUUCACUGGUCUCUGGGACAGAGGUACCCAGUGCGUCUCUACAUUUACAUACACUCCAACAAUUUGUGGACAGAUGGAGUCGUAUCUGCAGCGAGGCCACUUGCCUAUGCUGCAUACGGCGAACACCACAGUAUCGACUCCCCUGUGGGCACUGUCUCUGCGAGACCUGUAUCCAAAUCUUCGGGCAAACCCUAUCCAGUCGGCCAUGGACGUAUGUAAUCUCGUCAUGCUUUCUCUGUAGGCGUGCAUGGGAUCGAGACAUCAGGGUGGCCGUCAAGCCUCCGACCAGUGGAGUGAGCAUCCUCAGCAUCGACGGAGGCGGAACUCGGGCUAUCAUCCCACUAACCGUGCUGAGGAGACUUCAGGACCGAAUUGGCCUCCCGAUCCCGAUUCAGAAGUUUUUCAAAGUGGUAGGUGCCGUCAGCUCUGGAAGUUUUGUCGCAUUGAACAUGUGGAACCGUGGUGACUCAGUCGACAAAUCUAUCCAGAUGAUGUUGCAAUUGGCGGAGGCGGCAUUUGAACAAGAUAAAACCAGCAAAAUUCCUCUGGUCUCUUGGCUCACUAAAAUGGUGAAGUGUCUCUUCUGGGGAGGUCAACGACGAUGCAGGACUGCUCCUACGCCACGGGACUAG